UGCGGAAGAAGAAGAUGAAUAAUGUAUAGAAUGAAUAUUGGUUAUAUCAGUUGUGUAGCCUCCUAAAGGAGUAUAUAUAGGGAAAAUCCGGGUCUGGACCUCUAAUAUAGGCCUGACAGACCCGGUUACAUAAAAUGACUAAUAAUACAAAAAACUAAUCUAGAACAUCUGAAUAAUAAUAAUGUACAAUAAUAUGAAUGAUAUCCGCUAAACGUGUGUGGGCCGCUGUCCAGGCCCAGUAAUCGGCAGACCGGGGGGUCAGAGUCCAUAUAUUCCAUCAGGAGUCCCCCACUCCCUGAGUCGAGAGUACUCGAGGCGAAAGGGAGUAGUCUAAACUGUAUCUGCAACGUUCUUCUGUCUUUGAUUUCUUCCUUUCCAUCCGGGGGCCACCACCCUUGUCCGUGAUGGGGAGGUGCCUCGUUAAAAACCUUUACUAGGAAAAAACCCUGUGGGAAAAAUCCUAAUAAAGGGAAAAAGAGUGCACCUAGCGCCCCCAUCAUGAAACAAGGAAGGUAAGUUCCCUCUGGCACAAUCAAUUUUGUCUAGCUCAGCUCCUCUUCAUCCGACUCAGCUUUCGUUCUUGCUCAUGCGUGAUAUUUUCUGCUCAUUUAGAAACUCUGACCUCUCAGUCCCCCAGUCCCCCACUCUUUGAGGCGAGUGGAGUCGAGGUGAAAAAGAGUAAAGUCAUCUUCGUACCUACACAUUUAGCAUGCAUAUAAAUUUUUUCUUGGGGUUUAUGUUUCCGAUUGGGAGUUCGUCAUUUGAAAAAAGUGGAAAUGUGAAUUGUUGAUGUAAUGAUAAAAUACUUAGUAGAGUGGGCGUGUGAGCCAUUCAUAUGCAACGGUCGCCACUCUUGGAAUGACUAAGACCGAUCUUCGUGCCUGAGGAGUCAGGGCUUUGUGCCUGAGGAGUGAGGGCUUUGUGUCUAAGGAGUCAGGGCGUUGUGCCUGAGGAGUCAGGGCUUUAAAUCCUAGUGAUGGGUCUCAACCCACAGUCUACUAGGCAUUUGAUCAUAAGUGCGUGAUAGUGUGACAUUCGCCCGAGAAAAAAAUGAUUUAAAUAAAUAUAAAUAAUAUGGUAUUUAAAGAAUACUUAUCUUUUCAUGGGCUGAAAUUAAUGGGCUGAGAAUUGGUAAGCUUUUGAUUGGACUCUCGUGGUUCUAAGAGUUUCGUGGGAUCAAUUUAGAUUCCUCUCUUCAUUUUGACUUGGUCAAACUGGCCAUCCAUCAUGUUGCUACAGUCCGCCAUCUUAUCUUAUCCGAAGCAGGCAACUUCCUCCUACACCAAGUCUUUUCAUGAGUAGAUUUCAUCACAACUUGACUGGCCAUCUUAUCCGAAGGCAGGCAGCUUCCUCCUACGCCAAGUCUUCUCAUGAGGAGAUUUCAUCACAGCUUCGCUGGUGGGUUUUAUCCGAUGUCGACGAAGAGAGGGGGGCAAAGGAAUGCUUGGGCAUUUGGAUCCACCGUCGCCGCUGCUCUCAGGGGGAUCUCCGACUCUUGCUGCAGAAGAGAGCGGCGGUAGAGAAAUCCGAAAAUGCAACUCCUUCGUCGUGGUGGAGCUUCACCGCCGGAAUGGGGCCGCUUCAGAGCCGGAGGUCGCGAGGCUGAGCAACUGCUUCUUAGACGUUUCUACUGCUGGGUGAGAGGCGUCGUCGGUGGAUGUCGCUGCUGCUAAGCGUGAAUUUUCCAACGACUGUGUGGCUCCGAUUGGGCUUUGCCGCUGGAUCUACAAUUUGGGUUGGGAACUGAGCUUCGUCCACCGUCGCUAGAACUGUACUCGCCAUUAAUGGCUGGCUCGCCAUUAAAAUAUCAUGUUUUUAUUUUUUAGUAACUAAAAUAAAAAAUUUAUUCUAAUAUUUUACAUUAUGAAAUCAAUAUAUAUAUAUAACUCUCUUAAGUUUUUUUUUUCUCAAGUACUACUUAAUAAAUAAGUAUAAGGACAUAAAAAUCCAAAUAAUAAAUAAAUUUAAAAAGUUAAUAUUAAUUAAAUUGAAGCUAUGAAAUAAAUGAUUAUAAUAUGAAAAAAAUUAAUGAAUUAUUUUGAUAUAAAUUUAAUAAUAAUAAAGCACCGUUUUCUCGUAUUUUGAUCAACUUCUUCAACAGAGGGGAUUUCGUUGUAUUUGUCUAUUUAAUUUGACACCACUCUAUUGUAUGGUUUUUCAAUUUAUGUAUUGCAUGUAUACUAUGGAUAUUUUUUGAAACAAUUUCCAAUGUAUGAUUUGCGACUUUUAAUAUGAAAUGUCCAUAGUAACUUUGACUCAGCUCACAGAAAAUAGUUUUAUAAUUAACGUUACAAUCAAGCGAAGUGGUUUUCGUAAUAAGGUGACACUUUUUCUAAUCACAACCUUCUUUUUCAAUUUUUGUAGUCAUGCAUUUAUCUUUGUGUUUUAGUCAAUGUUUUUGUUACCAUUUGUGCAGGAGGCUGAUUUUUUAUAUCAAAGUUAAAGUGGUGAAGAGUAUGGAGGUCGUACAGGAUGUUGGGCAAAAAAGAGAAUGGUUUCAGCACAUUAAAUCAAGAAGAGAUAAUUGAGGAAUUUGAGUCGUUGACAAAGGAUGCUGGGAAAGUACAAGAGGAGAUUCUAAAGAGGAUCCUUCGAGAGAACAAAGAGAUCGAAUAUCUGCGGCGGAAAUGCGGUCUUAACGGAAGAACAGACCUCGAGAGCUUCAAGGCGUGUGUUCCUCUUGUCAUCCACAAAGAUUUGGAGCCUUACAUUCAGCGGAUUGCUGAUGAUGCUUCCUCUCAUAUCCUCACCGCCAAACCCGUUACUGCCUUGUCUUUGAGCUCUGGAACCACUCAGGGGAAGCAAAAGUUUGUACCAUUCACUGAUGACAUGUUUCAUUGUGCAUUGUUUAUAUUUAAAGCCUCCUUUGCUUAUAGAAACAGAGAAUUCCCAAUUGGAAAUGGAAAAGUUUUGCAGUUCUUAUACAGUAGCAAGCAGCUGAAAAGCACCAAGAGUGGGUUACCAGCUGCCCCAAUAUCAGCUCAUGUGGUCAAUAACCUACAGUACAGCCAAAUGUUACAGGGAAUGAAGGCUCCCAGUUGCAGCCCAAGUGAAGUGAUCUACAGCCCUGAUUUUCACCAGUCAUUAUACUGUCACCUUCUUUGCGGACUCAUUUCUCGUGACCAAAUCCAUUUCAUAACCUCCGUGUUCGCUCACGGCAUUGUUCUUGCCUUUCGAACCCUCGAACAAGUGUGGGAAGAGUUGUGCACUGACAUUCGGGAAGGCGUUCUUUCGAGCCGUGUCACGAUCCCCUCCGUUCGGGAUGCCAUGUCAUCGAAGAUCCUCGUCGCACCCGACCCUGAGUUGGCGGGCACGAUCUAUGAGAAGUGCAAGGCACUGAUGGAGAAUGGGUGGUAUGGACUGAUCCCGGAGCUGUUUCCUAAUGCAAAGUAUAUUAGUUCAAUCUUCACUGGGACCAUGCAGCCUUAUGUGAAGAAGUUGAGGCAUUAUGGAGGGGAGAUGUUGCCUUUGAUGAGCUCAGAUUAUGGGGCUUCUGAAGGGUGGGUAGGGUUUAAUGUGAACCCUAAAGAUCCACCAGAGGUUGCUACCUUUGCAGUGGCCCCAAAUGUAGGGUACUUUGAAUUUAUUCCUUUGAAAGAUGGUUUGGAGUUUGAACCUGUUGGUUUGACCCAAGUCAAAGUUGGGGAGGACUAUGAAAUUGUUCUCACAAAUGGCACAGGAAUGUAUCGGUAUCGCCUGGGAGAUAUAGUGAAGGUGAAAGGCUUCCAUAACUGCACCCCACUGCUCCAAUUCGUUGGCAGGAAAAGUCUUAUCCUCAGUAUCGAUAUUGACAAGAACACAGAGGAAGAUCUCAUACUCUCUGUGGAAACAGCUGCAAAAAUCUUAAGCAGCAACCCAUCAUCCAAGAUUGAGUUACUUGACUUCACAAGCCAUGUCAACACAUCAUCAUAUCCAGGCCAUUACAUUAUCAUCUGGGAAUUGAGUGGGGAGGCAAUUGAUCAUCAAGUUCUGCAAGAAUGCUGCAACUGCUUGGACCUUUCUUUUGCAGAUGCUGGGUAUAAUGUCUCUAGAAGGGUCAAGACCAUUGGUCCGCUGGAGCUUCAGGUGGUGAGGAAAGGGACAUUCAACAAGGUUCUGAAUCACUUUGUAGGUAUGGGAGCUACUCCAAACCAGUUCAAGGCUCCAAAGUAUAUCCCAGAAACUAAUGAGGCAGUUAUUGGGAUAUUAAGAGACAAUGUGGCUAUGACUUUCUUUAGUACCGCAUAUCCUUGAAGUUGUAAUAGCCAGUGCCCCCGUGCUUGGCUCGAAAUAAAACACAAAACAUGGGAGUACUACCUUUUGUGGGACAUAAGUUUUAAAGUUUACUAUUCAUAUAGUCAAUGGAACAUAAUCUAUUCUUAAUA